GACAGCCAUAUUUAGUGGCGUACUUCCGCCCGACGUCGUCGCGUUUUGAUGACGUCUUCAAGUCUAUAUAACCUCGUCACACCUCGAUGACGUAACACUUACAACAGAACAUUCGGGAAUCUUGAGAGGUGGACGACGUGCUCCUAACUGCGCUGACAACAUGAUAGUGGCAAGGCUAACGUGCUUAAGGAGCCUCCCCCUCGUCGGGCUGCGUCCUGUGCUGUCAAACUCGGCUGCCCUGAGAUCAUCCACCCUGAAGCAAUGUCCCACCAUGCUCAGGCCUCAGCAGGGGUUUUCCACUAAAGCCAGAUUUGGUUUCCGCCGUGGAAGGACAGCCAAAGACCAAAUCAAGGAGGCUGCAUUUGAACCAGCCACAGAAACUGCCAUGAAAAUUGACGGCAUGGGAAGAAUGUUUGUCGCUGGAGGUGCUGCAGUGGGACUGGGAGCUCUAUGCUACUACGGCUUGGGGAUGUCCAACGAGAUUGGUGCCAUUACGAAAGCAGCGAUCUGGCCUCAGUAUGUAAGGGACAGGAUCCAUUCCACUUACAUGUACUUCGCAGGCAGUGUUGGACUGACGGCGCUCUCAGCGGUCGCAGUGAGUCGGACCCCGGCGCUCCUUGGACUCAUGAUGAGAGGAUCCUGGCUGGCUAUAGGAGCCACUUUUGCAGCCAUGAUCGGCGCCGGCAUCCUGGUCAGGUCCAUUUCAUACGAGCACAGCCCCGUCCCCAAGCAUCUGGCCUGGAUGCUCCAUGCAGGCGUGAUGGGCGCCGUCAUCGCUCCCCUCACUCUCCUGGGAGGACCCCUAAUGAUGAGGGCCGCUUGGUACACGGCAGGCAUCGUGGGAGGGCUGUCCACAGUGGCCAUGUGCGCCCCCAGUGAGAAGUUCCUCAACAUGGGGGGUCCGCUGGCUGUGGGCUUUGGAGUGGUCUUUGCCUCCUCUAUCGGCUCCAUGUUCCUCCCGCCAACCACGGCGCUCGGAGCCGGCCUGUACUCGGUGGCCAUCUACGGCGGCCUGGUCCUCUUCAGCAUGUUCCUCCUCUAUGACACCCAGAAGGUCGUUCAGAGGGCAGAGACGCACCCACCCUACGGCGUGCAGAAAUACGACCCCAUUAAUGCGUGUAUGGGAAUCUACAUGGACACACUCAACAUCUUCAUGAGGAUGGUGAUGAUUCUGAGUGGCGGCGGCAACAGAAGGAAGUGAACACCCGGACUGUUUGCUCCGCCUUUCUGUCUGUUUGGCAGCAAACAAAGAGUUCUACUAAGAACCUGGGUGAAGUUGGCCCUGAUACCUUGUCCAAAUCCCUCCAAUUAUGUUCCAUUCGUUUGUCUACAAUAGUUUUUAAGUAAAUAUUCCAUAUUCAUAACCAGUUCCAAUUGUAUGUGCAGUUACUAAAGUUUUUAGGUUGGUAACAAAUAAUAACCAGCUCUACAAAAUGUUAAAAACAUUAAAACUAUAAUGGUAAGAUCACAACUUUUUGGCAGAACAAAUGAAUGGAACAAGUUCGGACUGGCGUAAUUAUGAAUAAUGACACAUUAAUACCAUAAAGCGUUAACUUGAAAUUUACAAUGUCACAAACUAUAAUGUUUGCAGCACAUAAUUGGGAUUGCUUUGGAGAGAUUUUGACAAGGCGGAGGGCAACUUGACGCAGGUCUCCUCAUAGCCACCAGUCUUGUGUGAUUACCAUAAACACAAAAGAGUAAGACGUACAAAGAUAUUGUUCUUAAAGACAAGAGGUCUCACUGGUGGAUGUCUUUUUUUUUUUUUCUUCCAUUUUCGCUGCUUCACAUGUACUAUUUAUUUCUUCUAAACAAAAGUAAAUUACAUACAGUAGCAUGAUCAAUUCUGUACUUCUGUUCUGAAUUUUUAAGGGAAUAAAGGAGUUUUGAUAAAGGAAA